CACAUCAGCUGUUGUGUGACUGCGAUCGCAUGAUGGUUGCGCUGCAGUGAAAACAGAAAGCCCAGUCCCGUCCACGCAUCAGCCGGGCACCAUGAACGCCGGGAGCCGGAGCCUGAAGUUUGUUAUUUUGACAGCACUUCAGGCUUUAUCUGUGUCUCUGCUGGUGCGCGACGGCGUGCUCUCCAGAUCGGCUGAAGGAAAUCUUUUGAGCACGACUGUUCAACACAGAUCAACAGCAAAGCAGAAACUCUAUGGGACUACAGUACCUCUUCAGCUUGUUGGACAAGACUGGAAACCAAUCAGCCAGCUCAAAUCCCAGAGUCACCCUGAAUCACUGAAGCUCCUGAUUGAAGCGGAAGGUGUGCAGCUGCUCUUGGCUCUCGAGAAAAAUGAGGGUCUGUUUGCAAGUAACUAUACAGAAACCCAUUACCUGGAAGAUGGCAGCGCGGUCACAGGCUCUCACAACUUCACGGCAAACUGCUACUACCAUGGUGAGGUGGAGGGUCAUGUUAACUCAGAUGUCAGCCUCAGUACCUGUGUUGGGAUUAAGGGUUUCAUAUCUCUUGAAGGCAAAUCCUAUGUCAUGGAACCAUCUGCUGAUCACUCUGAUGGGACUCACUGGAUCUACACAGCUGAACACCUCAAUUUUGCUCCUGGCACCUGCGGCCAUGAUUUCAACAUAUCUUAUCCCACGGAACAUGCAGACAGCAGUCCAUUCAGGGCUUUCAGCACAAGGCACAAACGCCAUGCGCAGACUACAACCAAGUAUGUGGAACUAAUCAUCGUGGCUGACAACAGGGAGUUUCAGAAGCAAGGCAAGGACAUGGAUAAGGUCAAGCAGCGGCUGGCUGAGAUCGCCAAUUACGUGGACAAGUUCUACAGGGCUUUGAAUAUCCGAGUGGCUCUGGUGGGCUUGGAGGUGUGGAACGAUGUGGACAGGUGUCCCAUCACCCAAGACCCUUUCACAACUUUGCACGAGUUCCUUGACUGGAGGAAGGUCAAGUUGCUGCCUCAGAAGCCGCACGACAAUGCCCAGCUAAUCAGUGGGGUGUAUUUCCAGGGCACCACCAUUGGUAUGGCACCCAUCAUGAGUAUGUGCACAGCAGAGCAAUCGGGGGGAAUCGUCAUGGACCAUUCAGACAACCCCCUAGGCGCUGCUGUCACUCUGGCCCAUGAGCUCGGACACAACUUUGGAAUGAACCAUGACACGCCAGAAAGGGGGUGUGGCUGCAGGGUGACAGUGGAUCGUGGAGGCUGCAUCAUGACUCCCUCCACCGGGUAUCCGUUCCCGACAGUUUUCAGCAGCUGCAGCAAGAAGGACCUGACAGCCAGUUUUGAAAAAGGCGUCGGGAUGUGUCUGUUUAACAUGCCUGAGGUCAAGGUGCUCUAUGGUGGGCAGAAAUGUGGCAACGGCUAUGUGGAGGAGGGAGAGGAGUGUGACUGUGGAGAACAGGAGGAAUGUAUGAAUCCCUGCUGCAAUGCUACUACCUGCACUCUGAAGGGGGAGGCUGUUUGUGCACACGGUCAGUGCUGCCAGGACUGUCAGCUGAAGCCAGCAGGCACUCCAUGCCGUGAAUCCAGUAACUCUUGUGAUCUGCCUGAGUUCUGCACCGGUACCGGCCCUCACUGCCCCUCCAACGUUUACCUGCAUGACGGCCACGCCUGCCACAAUGUGGACGGCUACUGUUAUAAUGGCAUCUGCCAGACUCAUGAGCAGCAGUGUAUCACAUUGUGGGGCCAAGGGGCCAAGCCAGCUCCGGGCAUCUGCUUUGAAAGGGUCAACUCAGCAGGAGACCCUUAUGGCAACUGUGGCAAGGACUCCAAAGGCUCCUUUGCCAAAUGUGAAGCACGAGAUGCUAAAUGUGGCAAAAUCCAGUGUCAAGGAGGAGCUAACCGCCCAGUAAUUGGCACCAAUGCUGUUUCCAUAGAAACAAACAUCCCCUUGCAGGAAGGGGGAAGGAUACUGUGCCGAGGUACACACGUCUACUUGGGCGACGACAUGCCCGACCCCGGCCUGGUCCUGACGGGCACCAAGUGUGGAGAUGGACUGAUGUGUCUGAAUCGACGGUGCCAGAAUAUCAGUGUAUUUGGUGUGCACGAGUGCUCAGCCAAGUGCAGUGGUCGAGGGGUUUGCAACAGCAACAAGAACUGCCACUGUGAGGCUCAUUGGGCGCCUCCAUUUUGUGACAAGGCAGGUUUUGGAGGGAGUGUGGACAGUGGCCCCAUCAGAUUAGCAGACAGGGGGAAUCUGACAGUGGGCAUCCUAGUGGCUCUCCUCACUGUCCUGGGAGCUGGUCUGAUCAUCUGCAUCAAAAGAAAAACUCUACUGGGCCUGCUCCUCACAAGUAAAAAGAACCCAAUCGAGAAGCUCCGAUCGGUAAGCGCUGCAAUCAGCAGACCGUCCGCUCCUAACCAGCCUCAAUCAGUGAGCACAGCGUCUCCAUCUGGACCGGCCCCGCCUCUGACACACAGCGCCACCAUCUUCAAGCCUCCUCAUCGGGGGCCAAAGGCGGUGCUCCCACCGGCACCCUACCCCUCCCACAGCCUGCGCAGACUGCCCCAGUGCCCUCCAGUUCACCUCAGCCAACCUGUCCCCCUGUCUCUCACCGUGUCCCUGUCCCCUGGCCCCAGGCAGCUGAGACCUCUGGUGCCUCCACCUCACCGAGCCCCUCCGCCUCAUAUUCACGUCGCACCCAGGGGGCCGUCGUUUCGCAGCGCAUCGCGCCAUAACUCCUGCAGGAUGGUCAUGGAGUUGGAGAAGCCUAGUCCUCCUCAGAAGCCCCUUCCUGCUGAUCCAAGGAGCUCUCGUCUGGUUAGAAGUCCUUCUGUAGUGCAGGGCCACGCUGUAGUCCAAGGGCCCUCUGCUGUUUGCGGCCCUGCACCAAAGCCUGGUGUACCUAGACCUGUGCGCCCCGUCCCACACCCCAACAGACCCAGUCCCAAGCAACCUCCAACACUACCAAAGCCUCGCGUAAUUGCCAACGUCAAAUACAGCAGCUGAGACUUUGGCCGAUAGGGACAGUGUUGUGAUAAGACACUAAAAAAAUUGCACUAUGAAAGCUCUAAAAACCUUAAAAAAAAAAAAAAAAGGUGGCUUCUCUGAGUUUUGAAUCAGGAGAUCUGCCGUGUCCCUUUGGUGCUCUGUCUCUGAAUGGUGCUACGAGUCUGAGCUCAGGUACAUGUAAAGUAUUUAUAUUCUGUAUUUAUUGCCACGCAGUGCACUGUGCCAGACACUUUUACUACAUGGUAGCAACUUAGAAAUUUUAAUUUGUUGUUUGCAGCAAUUUCACUUUUUUUUUUUUUUUUUUUUUUCCAUAUCAACUUAUCUAUAUCAAGGAGAGUGAUAGGAGACUUUUUAAAAAAAAAAAGCAAAUCUGUGAAGUUGUGAUUGCAGAAUUGUUUAGUGAAAUGUGCUUUAAUGAAGGGAAGCCUUUACGUGAUGGUGUUGUUCUGUAUACAACAGGAAGAGUUAUUGUGCAAUGACAAAUGAGAACAGAGAAAACCUCGGAGAACACUCCUGGUUCAUUUGCAACUCAGUGGGGUUUUUCUUGAAGGGUAAAUGCAUUCCGUAGCAGCUUUGAGCCAGACUGAAAAGGCUUGAAACAACCACUGAAAAAGAAAACACUCUGCCGUGGUGUUACUACAGCAGUUCUGCAACGUGACUGUCAACACGAUUAAGCAACUGAAACACCGUGGGGGAAUUUGAAAUGCAGGCCCGUUUCCUCAUUUAUAUCACAGAAAGGUAACAGGUUGGACUGUGAAACGUCAUCUAUUUGCCAUUUCCUUUGUAUUAAUAAGACCCAAGAAGCUCACUCGAGGAAUCUGGGUGUGAGGUAUGAACUGAACAUGGAUCUCAAAAUGAUUCAAGAUCAAUAAAACAUGCAUCCCCUCCGAGAGAGUAAGUUUCUCUGAGGUAUUGCUCCGCUACAGGUCUGACUGCACCAAGGAUGAAAUCAUGGAACCAUUAAGGACUGCCUUUAGAGCUGUGGCCGUACAGGCGUCACGGAGGCACUCACAUGCAAACAGUGUCUGGCUACAGUGUUCAUGUGUGGAUUUUAAAUUGUGUUUUUUUUUUUUUGUGAUGGGAAAGGACAGAUUCAAUCGACAAGGACACAUUUCCAAAUCUUUCUGCCCCUGAAAUUAAGUUCAGUGGUUACUCAGUGUACAGUGAGCCACCAAUCAUCCUGUGCAGUUAUUCAUUUCCCAUUUUUUUCAUACCUUUUUACUUUGGCUAUUGAGAUUUAGUUUUUUAAAUCCAAUCUACAUCCUAGAUACGAAAUCCUACAUAAAUCAGAUGUAGUAGCCGAACAGUGUUUUAUUGUUUUUACAAAUUUGUUGUUUUACUGGAUCGCAAUGCAGCAUAUAUAUAUUCACACUAAGCAACAUUUCCUUUAAGCACUGUUCUUCACAAAUAUGUAGGCUGAAAACUGACAUGGACUGAACUUUGGACUUUUGUUACUUUUUGAUACUGUUAUAUUUUUAAUAAUGCACUAGUUGUACAUUCAUUGCUUUGUUUACUUUGCUUUUUCAGUGCUAUGUGUCCAUGUACUAAUAGACAGUAUGAGUCCAGUCACCUGACUUAUGAGUUAUGUCCAUAUGUUCCUUGUAUGGUGUUUAACAGGUGAACACAUUUUUAUGGAGAUUUUUUUUUUUUUUUUUUUUUUAUGAUGACGGUCAUCACACAUCAUAUGUAAAGAAUGCACUUAAAAGUGUCAGUGUCUGGUCAUGGUAUUUUGA